AUGGACCUUAAAGCUGCGGGCGAGAAAACACUCUUGCAGUUGAAUGAGUUGGAUGAGUUCAGGCUACACUCUUAUGAAAAUGCUAAGUUUUACAAAGAAAAGACAAAAAGAUGGCAUGACAAGCAUAUCAAACCACAUCACUUCGAGUUGCUUGAAAAGGAUGUAACUUUCAAUUUUGAUAAAGCCUACCUCAAGGAAUUUGAAGAACUCAAAAAGAAGUUGGUGGCUACUCCAAUUAUUGUGGCACCAAAUUGGUCCUUACCAUUUGAACUUAUGUGUGAUGCAAGUGACCAUGCUAUUGGGGCAGUGCUAGUCCAGAGGAAAGACAAGGUAUUUGAUGUAGAAAUACGAGAUCGAAAGGGCACAUUGAGCCAAGUAGCUGACCGUCUAUCAAGGCUGGAAAAUCACGACCACGUGGAUGAGGGUGGCCAAAUUAAUGAAAUAUUUCAUGAUGAGCAACUUUUUGCUAUCACCCAAGACCCUCUCCCAUGUUACGCGGACUAUGUGAAUUAUUUAGUGAGCGGUGUACUUUCGUCUGAAAUUGAAUCUGAAGCUAGAAAGUGGUUUCUACAUGAUGUAAACUUCUACUAUUGGGAUGAGCCAUAUUUGUACAAGCAGUGUGCUGACCAAAUGAUGAGAAGAUGCAUACCUGAAAAAGAGGUCGAACUAGUGUUGUAUGAUUGUCAUGCAUCACCCUAUGGGGGCCAUCACGGGGGCAUUAGAACAACUGCAAAGUUGUUGAAUAACCUUCUAGCUAAGUAUGAAGUCCGUCAUAGAGUUGCGACGGCAUAUCAUCCUCAAACAAAUGGACAAGAUGAGGUGUCUAAUAGAGAAAUAAAGCAAAUAUUAGAGAAGACUGUGAGUGUGAAUAUAAAAGAUUGGUCUGUAAAGUCAGAUGAUGCCUUGUGGGCAUAUAGAAAUGCAUACAAAACGCCAAUUGGGGCGUUACUGUAUAGGCUAGUUUAUGGGAAGGCUUGUCACUUGCCUGUUGAACUUGAACACAAAGCAUAUUGGGCUAAUAAGAAGUUAAAUAUGGACCUUAAAGCCGCCGGCGAGAAGACAGUCUUGCAGUUGAAUGAGUUGGAUGAGUUCAGGCUACACUCUUAUGAAAAUGCUAAGUUUUACAAAGAAAAGACAAAAAGAUGGCAUGACAAGCAUAUCAAACCACAUCACUUCGAGCCAGGCCAACAUGUAUUAUUGUUCAAUUCUAGAUUAAAUCUAUUGCCUUGGAGGUUAAAAUCGAGAUGUUCAGGCUCGUUUGAGGUAGUGAGAUUCACUCCUUAUGGUGCAAUUGAGCUGCGAGCUUUGAAUGGUGAAAUACAAUUUUUGGUGAAUGGACACAGAGUAAAGCAUUAA